GAAAAAAGAUAUAUAUAAUUAUUGUUUAUAUUUUCUUUAUUAGCUCUUGUAGAGCUUCUACACUUUAUGUUUAUAUCAAGUUACUUUACGGACGAUGAAUGAUAUUAAUUUGGUUGUAAUGAAAUCUGUUCUGAAGUAUUUGAUUGGAGAAAAUGAAUUAAUGUGUAGGUUAUGUUUAACUUCCAUUAACAACCAAAAUGUUUCUAUUUAUGAUUCGGUGGAAAUAAGCAGACCGUAUAUUCAGGAAAUUGUAACAUAUAAUGAAAUGUUCGAAGAUCUCGAAGUUUGUCAGGAACCUUUUCUGCCUCAACAACUCUGUAAAAAUUGUGCUACAACCAUAUUCAAUACAUAUAUAUUCAGAAGACUUAUUUCUUAUUAUCAUGAAAAAUGGUCAGAAAUAAUUACUUCGGUUGAAAAAACAAUGGACCUAACUAAAACAAUGUCUGAUAGUGUAAGAACCAUUUACUUUUUAAUCAAUGAGAAACAAAAUCUUAUGCUCACCAGUCGUACUUACACUAAAGGCAAGAGAAAUGUCUCAAAUAAAUUGAAAGAGCUUAUGGCAUAUAGGAAAAGAUAUGUAAAAGUAAAAAAGAUGCCUUCACACAUAGUGUGUCAUGAAUGCAGAAUGACUUUCAAAUCGAAAAUUUCUCUUUCAAAACACUUUGACAAACACCACAAUAAAAUGAAAUAUCCAUGCUCUCAUUGCCCUAAAGUUGCUAAAUCAAAGACACAAUUAGAAGGGCAUAUUAUAAGAAUGCAUCAUCCAAAGAAGUUUAAAUGUCCCAAAUGUGACAAAAUGUUUAGUAAUAUCAAACUAUUGAAUUACCAUGACAAGAACUAUCACAGUGCUGUAAUAUGUAAACUCUGCUUCAUACAAUUUCCAUCUAGAAUAGAAUUGAGAUCACAUAUGGACAAGCAUGAAGCUUUAAACUGUGAAAAAUGUUAUAAAACAUUUCAUAGUCGACAGACACUCAAAGCUCAUGAGAAAAUAUGUGGCAACUUGCAACAUAAACAAUCUAAAUUUUUUUGUGACUUAUGCAACAAAGGUUAUGUCCAUAAAGCAGGUAUACGUAGUCAUCUGAAGAUUGAUCAUGGUUUUGGUGUCAAUAUGUAUCAUUGUAAGUGGUGUAAUAAAAAGUUUGAUGCUGCAAGUAAAUUGAAAAUGCAUGUAGUUGUUCACACCAGGGAAAGAAAUUUUCACUGUGGACAUUGUGGUAAUAAGUUCGUAACACAAGCUGCUCUAACAUACCAUGUUAGACUACACACUGGAGAAAGACCUUUUCACUGUGAUAUCUGUGGUGAACAAUUUGUUUCAGCUUCAAGAAGAAUGGAACACAUGCACAGAAAACAUAUUGGUCCCACCAAACAGUGUCCAAUAUGUCAUAUGAAAUUUAUACUGAAUAACCAGCUCAAUAGACAUGUGAGGAAGCAUUUUAACCCUCAGAGCAAACUUUUUAUGAAUAAUAAAUAAAAAACAUGAAUAUCUAUUCAACAUAUUGUAAUAGUGUAUAAUUAAGCAUUGUUAAUAACAAGUAUACCAAAUAAUGGUUGAAUGCUCGAUUCUCUUAUUUAAAUAAUUAUGUCUUCUGCCAAUUUUCAAGCAGUCAGUUACACAGAUAUGGAUCAAAAUGCACAUGAUAAAUCACACAGAGAGUUAAUUUCUUUAAU